UGCUGUGCGAUUCCAUUUCGAUUGACAUCGACGUAGUGUUUCCAAAUUCCCUCUACGAAUCAUGUCCAGCCACCAGAAACAAAUCAAUGUGUAUGUGCCACCGAUCAGUAGUUUUCCGGAGGACAGUUUGCUGGGCGGCUAUGGACUGCAGGAUCGCAUUGAGUUGCCCAAGACCACCACGGAGGUCCUUGAGGAUGUCCUCGAUGAGCGGGACGCGCACUUUCUCUACGUAAUCGAUGGCCAGGGACGGCUGUUGGAGCAUAUACGUUACUACGGGAACGAUUACCGGAUGGCACUGCGUGAGGCCCUAACCACGAAUGUCCUUGACCACCAGGAUACUCACCAUCAGGAUUUCCCAUUGAAUCGUGAACAGCCGAACGAAGAAACAUACCAGUGCACACAACAAAUAAAUUAACUGUUUCAAUUAGAGCACUUCAUCGAUGCUCGAUGGCCGGAAAACCAGGUACAAAUUCGCUGUAUUUCCCGCGGUGUUUGGUAAUGAUGAAACAUGCUUACAUAUAAAAUAUAGGCAGUUUUCAGAUUUGAUUCAACGAA